AUGGCCACGCUGAAAGAAAAACUGGCAGAGGUAGAAGAUGCAAGAGAACUCCUUGGCAACUCCUAUGAAGUAACUAAGCAACAAGUCAUAGCUUCAUUCGUGCGUACACACUCAGAGUACAUUCCAUUGCAAGGCCGUGACUUCAUUCAGGAUUUAACAACAAUUAAAAACAACAUUACUAAUUCAAGCACUUAUGAAUGGAAACCAGCCACUGUGGCAAAGACAGAAUACAAAAUUCUUGUGGCUGGGGGAACUGCAGGAAUAGGAAAAACCCGUUAUGGCAGAGAACUGUUCAAGAAGUUAAAGCAAGAUGUAAACCUUCAAGAAAGCAUUGAAAAACCAAUUGAUUUUGUAUAUAUAUUACUUGACUUCAGCAAUGGUGUUCAGUUGGAUGCAGGUGACAGUGAACUGCCAAUAGUAAUAGAGAUACUUGUUGGUUUGCAGAUAGCAUAUGCCUUCUUUAUUGGGAGCAAUUAUGAUGUGGCAUUUCCCACAUUCCGUCAGACUGUUCAACUGCUCAACCUGAUGAGUCGCUUUAAUAGUGAUACUGUAAUUACUGGAAUUCGCCAGCAUCUAAGUCCCAGUGGUGACCGCCUUCUCUGUUUGUUCUUACACAUAGAUGAAUUUCAGAACAUUUUUGAAUUUCCUGACUGGAAGGCUGACAAGAAGAUAGGUAAAGACAGUAAACCCAAAGGUAUAUUCAAGGGCAUAUUAUAUGAAGUUGCACAGUUUAUGCUUGGCAAAUCCAACCUGCGCUUUGUUCAGCCAUUCCUCUCAGGAACUGCUCCACAGGACAUAGCUUGGCAAAAAGAACCUACCAUGUACUCUUUUGAAUUUGUCAAUUGUUCUCUGUUGACUAUGCAGGCACGAAUCAAUAUAAUGAACCAUUUUGCAACCACAAGUGGCUUUUCUGAGAAGACAUGGGACCUGGAAGAACGGAUGUAUUUUCUGUUAUGUGAUACAGGUGGACUUCCACGAGCAAUCCAGUGUUUGUUGGAAUGUUGCUUCGGGAAUAAAUAUGAUAGAACAGAAUAUUUUUUUAAGAAUAUUGAUUCAUUGAAUUAUGAUGACAUUCACAAUAACAUGGCAAGAGACCUUGACACUAUGUACGGAAUCACAGAAUGGGCUUUUACAAACAAAGAACUUGUUGAAGUCAUCAUAGCUCGAUGUCUUGCAAUAAUUCCAUCAAGGAGGUCGGACUUGCUCUCAGACAACCACUCUGAGACUCUGGAAUCUUUAGAACGUGAUCAACAUUUGGUUCUGACAGAUUACUCUGAAGACGGUCAUGUCUUGAUUACAGUACCGCCUAUUUUCAUUGAUAUUUAUAUCCGAGCCCUCCGCUCACUCACAGGCACAUUGAAAAAGUCAUUCUUACCAGGAUGGGUAAUGGAAUGGAACGGUUUUGAAUUAUUUGUUGCGGAAUAUGUGGCAUUCCGCAUUAAUGCUCUCAUUCGCUUGGGGCAUAAAACGGUGGCCCUCAAAAACAUUUUCCGGGGUGCUUAUGGUUCCACGACGUUAUUAGAUAAAAAAGUUGAACUCCGCAAUACCACCGUCAAGCAACUCCGCAAUAAGUUUCCUAUGACUGCAUCUGUUAUUGAUCAACAAUCUGAAAAAGUAGACUUCAAGUCGGGAAUGAUUGUAAAUGGGGAUAAGGCACCAUUUGCCGACUCUUUUAUUGUUUUCGAGAAAUCGAAACUAAUUGUAGGCAUCCAAAAUAAAUUGCGGAAGGGCUCUUUUGAAGAAUCCGAUAUGUGGGAGGAGCACGAGAAAAAUGUGACCGCAAUCAAGAAUGCACCGGCUGGGCUUUGCAUUAACAAUUAUACUGUUAUUACGGUAUUCAUAUCGUCUGCCAAUUUCAAGGGAAACAUUGCUGACUACUGUAAAAAGCCUCUAAAAGACUGCCUUAUGAUAUAUCGGCAUAACUUUGAAGACUUUUUUGGGCAUGUCCUCAGCUGCCGCGCUGCUGUGCAAAUUUCUAGAGAAUGUAAUCCAAAUUUUACUCCUCCAGAUCAUGUGUACAAUCUCGAUCCAUGGUUUCAAGGCUACCCAAAUGAUAUUGAUGGUAUGACGUUUUCAUUGUAUACUGACGUCAUUGACCUUGCGAACUCUAAUAAGAAACGUCGGCUUGAUUAUUAUGAUGAGGUUCCGCAAUCGCCUAUUCCCGAGACAGUCUCAGCAGAAGGCAUUCCAUUAACAGAUAGCAUUUAUCCAACACAAAGUUCAUCCUCAUCUGUUUAA